AUGAGAAAAUCAUCAUUAAAGAGGGAGGUGGUUCUUGGGAAACACAGUAUCUCAGUCCAAAGCGGACCCUUCGCCGUGUUUCUCAAGAUUAAAAGGCUUGCGCUAUCUCUCCUUGCAGACCCUCCGCUGCCCCCAGGACCCCUCACUCACCUGGGUCGACUAGAGAGUUCCGAGGGUCAGAGAGAAGACGAAACAGAUUGUCCAAGUCCCUUGUCCUGCUGGAACAGGUCACCCCCAGAGCCUUCUGCAGUCCUCCGUGAUGGAGUUCGAAGAUGUCUACAGAUGCACUCUGAACAGACUGUGCGAAUUUUACAUGCCAAAGUAGCCCAGAAAUCCUAUGGGAGCGAGAAGAGAUUCUUCUGUCCCCCACCCUGUGUGUAUCUUAUGGGCCCAGGCUGGAGGCUUAAGCCGCAACAAGGACAAGCCAACGAGUCGGGAGAGGCGGGAUGCACAGUCUGUGGUUACAUGGGGUUGGAUGGCGGUUCCGCGGAGACCCAAAAACUCAGCUUCGAGGAGCCGCCGGACUCUAGAGAAUUCGGCUGCGCCAAAGCUCUCUACAUCUCUGACUCGGACAAGAGAAAGCACUUCCGGUUGGUGUUAAAGCUGGUGCUGCGAGGGGGCCAGGAGCUAGGGACCUUCCACAGUCGCCUCAUCAAGGUCAUCUCCAAGCCGUCUCAGAAGAAGCAGUCACUGAAAAAUACAGACCUAUGCAUCUCCUCUGGAUCCAAGGUGUCCCUCUUUAACCGCCUUCGAUCCCAGACCGUCUCCACACGAUACCUCUCUGUGGAAGGAGGUGCAUUCAUCGCCAGUGCCAGACAAUGGGCAGCCUUCACCCUGCAUCUGGCCGAUGACUGCUGUUCCCGAGGAGAAUUCCCUCUCCGAGAAGGCUAUGUCCGCUACGGUUCUCUAGUGCAGCUGGUCUGCACGGUCACGGGCAUCACACUGCCCCCCAUGAUCAUCCGCAAAGUGGCUAAACAGUGUGCACUCCUGGAUGUGGAUGAACCUAUCUCCCAGUUACACAAAUGUGCACUCCAGUUCCCAGGGGGGGGACCAGGAGGGGGGACCUAUUUGUGCCUUGCCAUGGAAAAGAUUGUGCAAUUCCAGGCUUCACCUUGUCCCAAGGAAGCAAACCGGGCACUGCUGAAUGAUAGUUCAUGUUGGACCAUCAUUGGCACUGAGUCAGUGGAGUUCUCCUUCAGCACCAGCCUAGCCUGUACUCAGGAGCCUGUCACCCCAGUGCCCCUCAUCAGUACCUUAGAGCUGAGUGGUGGGGGAGAUGUGGCAACCCUGGAGCUUCUAGGUGAGAAUUUCCAUGCAGGACUUAAAGUUUGGUUUGGUGAUGUGGAGGCUGAGACCAUGUACAGGAGUCCCAGGUCCUUAGUCUGUGUGGUACCCGAUGUGGCAGCUUUUGGCAGUGCCUGGCGAUGGCUGCGAACACCCAUUACAGUGCCAGUAAGCCUGGUUCGUGCUGAUGGGCUGUUGUACUCCAGUGCCUUCUCCUUCACCUAUACCCCAGAGCAGAGUGGCCGGCCACCCCCCUCGGGAGCCCCUGAGCUGCCUCCCAAUGCAGAUGCCCUCUUGGAAAGUAUCCACCAUGAGUUCACUCGCACCAAUUUCCACCUCUUCAUUCAAAGCUAGGGGAGGAAUGGAGGUGGAGAGUAGGUGGUCUACCAUAAGAUUUACAGUGAGAAGAUAUGUUAAAGGUUAUUUUAGUCCAAACCCCUCAUCUGACAUGGAGAAACUGAAGCCCAGAGAAGGAAGUAAUUUGACCAAGAACUCCCAGAUAAUAUGAUAAGACUUCAUUUUAUGUGAACUCAACAUAUCUAGAGACAUAAUUAAAAUACACAAAAUAAUAAUUUUAAUUAUAUGUUAAAAAGCCUCACAAGAGUUGGUCCAAUAAUACUCAUUCUCACUCUGAGAAGCCUUAGUGUGAGUGAUUACAUUGUUUUGCUCCAAACAUUCACCCCAUCAGUCUCUAUCUAGAGGUCUCACUUGCUACAAGACAUGACUGAGAGAGCAAAGCUUCAAUUGUUUCAUUAAUGCUAUUUAGUUAUUAGUAAUGGCCCCAGAGUACAAGAGUAGUGAUGCUGGUAGCUCAGAUAAGUUUAAGAAAAGCCAUAAAUUGGAGGCAGCUGGGUUGCUCAGUGGAUUGAGAGCCAAGCCCAGAGAUAAGUGUUUCUGGGUUCAAAGAUGACCACGGACACUUCCCAGCUGUGUGACCCUGGGCAAGUCACUUAACCCCCAUUGCCUAGCCCUUACCACUCUUCUGCCUUGGAACCAAUACACAGUAUUCAUUCUAAGAUGGAAAGUAAGGUGUUUGUUUUUUUUUUAAGAAGUCAUAGGCAUGUUUGUAUUAGAAAUACUUAUUAAAUAAUGGGGUUUGUUAUUAUGUGUGAUUCUCAACUUACAAGAAGGGUCUUGAAAUAUAUUGGACUAGUUAAAUGAAGCUCUAUUAUAAAGCAAAGCCAGAAUUUGAACCUAGUUCUUUUGACUCGAUCUCCAAUGCUUUUUUCAGUUUACUAGCUUAGGGAUAUGCAGCACAUUUCAUUAGGCCAUGCCCACAGGAAAUAUUUUUAAAGGAUAAACAUUAAUUGAAUAUGCAAAACCAAGGCACAUCAUUUUUAUUCAUCAACUAAAGAAAUUAAUGCUUAAAUAAACUAUUUUUAAAUAACUAAGCUUCACUUCAAAAAUAAAAA